AUGCGCAGUGCAUCGCCUCGAGCUACGCAAGAACGGGCCUCCUCAACCCUCUCCCGUGACGCGCAUGCGCGGUGCUUUUCCCUGAGCUACGCAUACGCGGUGAUCUCCGCUUUCCCUCAGCUGCGCACACGCAGUGCUCCGUGCCAGCUCCUGCUGCGCAUGCUUACUGCAUCACCCCAGCUGCGCAUGCGCGGCCCCCCUCCCGCUUCUCUCCCCAGCUCCGUCCGAGGAGAGCACACGCGACCGCAACGCGCUUGCGCGGCGGCGGGGCUGGGGCGUGCGCGGUUGCCAAGAUGGCUCUAUCUUCAGUGCCAGAAUAUUAAACCAGUUGACAAGGUAGAAGAGGGAAAAUUUUCUGGUGUUCUGAAGACACUGAGUCUUGGGGGUGGGAAGUACUAUGCAUGUGAACACACGAAACAACAUUUUGCAAGUAUGGAUCAAGUGAAUAAUCCAAGGGAAAUACAAGUGCUGAGGAGGCUGAGUCCACAUCCUAAUAUCUUUGUUACAAGAAAUUUCUCCGUAUUUGUUUUUUUCAUUGAUAAAAAAGAUGGCUCCCUUUGACUGAUAUGUGAACUUAUGUACAUGAAUAUUUAUGAGCUGAUAAAAGGAAAGAGAAAGCCAUUACCUGAAAAAAUUAAGAACAACACAUACCAAUUGUGCAAAUCUCUUGAUUACAUACAUACAUAAGAGACCUGGAUCAGAGAUGGGAUAUUUCACAGAGAUGUGAAACUGGAAAACUUAUUUUUGCAGCGGAAUACCCUGAAGUUAGGAGACUUUGGAUCUUGUAGGAGUAUCUAUUCUAAGCAGCCACUUAGGCAAUCUAUCCCCACAUGCUGGUCCCCAGCACCUGAAUGCUUACUUACAGAUAGCUACUGUAGUUACAAAACUGACAGAAGUGCUGACUGUGACUGCUAUGAAACCCCAAGUUUUCAGCCUCUCUUUCCUGGAUCUAAUGAACUGGAAAAAUUUAAAAAAAUCUAUGACAUUAUAGGCACUUCUGCUAACAAAACUCUCAGCAAGUUCAAGCAGUAAAGAAUCGCAAGUUUCGAUUUCUCCUUUAAAAAAUGAACACCUCUUCUUGUACACAAUUUGUCUCCCAAAGGCUUCUCCCUCCUGUGUGCAAUGAUAAAAUAUGAUCCCGAUGAGAGAAUUGCUGGCCUUGAAGCAUUACAGCACCCUUAUUUUCAAGAGCUCUGGGGAGCUGAUGUACAAGCUUUGGCCACACACAAAAAAUUAAGAUUACUAGGAGAUACAGCAGCGCAAGUACCUCUGUAUUUGUGGCAAAUUUAGAAGGAAAGUCAAUGA